UUCUUACCACUGCACCGCACCUUGUGCAACUGACGUGUUUUUGUCGUUUAUUUGGAUUUUCUCAUCACCUCAUCGCAUUCCUCUCGCCAAAGGCCCAAUGCGUAGAGAAGUAAAAGUUUGGUUUUAGUGCAGCUACUUCCAGAAAUUUCACAUAAUCCAACAUUCCUUCUCCAACAAGCUUCGGUUUUCUGCUAAAUUAAAUUCUAAAGCCGCGCGGAAAGCACCAAACCAGUGCGGAUUGUGCGACUGUGUGCGAGUGAGAUCGAAUGUACGGGCGAAAUACAAACAAACGGAGUAAUCAUCAUCAUUAGCAGCAAGAAUAAAAGGCUGUAGAUAUUGCACCGAGUGACUCAUCAUUAAGGUUGACCGAGCAGCAGCGAUAAGCACGGAAAAUUAGCGGCUGACGACAUAUUGUUGCGCAUUGUUUUGGAGUCUUUAAUAUUGGGAAAUCGUGUUUGUUUUUACGGUAGAGCAGUGUCGCAAAAGCAAGAAUGUCGCUUAACACUGCACACGCCAACAACGGCGUACUGAUACACGCUUCGGAAGGAAUACUCAUCUUUAGCGAUCAUGUGACGAUUGAGUUUACGGGCCACAACAACGGUGCGAUGAAGGGUAGCAAGCAGGGUCGCGUCUAUCUGACGACGCACCGGGUCAUCUACAACAGCAAGAGCGAAACCGACUCGCUCCGUUCCUUCAGCAUGCCGUUCGUGUCGAUGCGUGAGGUCGAGGUCGAGCAGCCCGUCUUCGGUGCUAACUACAUCAAGGGAAAGGUGAACGCGCAGCAGAACGGCAACUGGGAGGGAGAGGCAAAGUUUAAGAUUGUUUUCAAGCACGGUGGUGCGAUCGAUUUCGGGCAAGCGAUGCUCCGGGCUGCGUCCAUCGCACAGCGGAACGCGGGCAAUGCUCCACCGCCACCGUACACUCCGCCCGGUGGUGAAUGGUAUGCGGCCCCGCCGCCCGCUUACACGCCGAACCCGUACGGUUACGGAUGGGUGCCCGGUGCGACCGUGUUCCCCGAGCAACCGCAACCGAACUCGAUCUACAUGCACGACAGUCCACCGCCGUACCCGGGAAUCGUGCCAGGAAUGCAGGGUCCGCCUGGUUAUUCUUACCCGCCGCAGCAGCAGCAGCAGCAGUUUGCCGGUGGCUAUCCGCAUCCUUCGGCAGCGGGCGGUUAUCCGGUACAGGCUGGCUUUGCUACCGGGCCGGGUGCUGGCUAUCCGAAUGGAAAUUUCGCCCAAGGUGGCUAUCCGCAACCGGGACCGUCGAGCGGUGCGAUGGGCUUUACCGCGCCACCGCAACCACCGCCAAAUUCCAAGGAAGCGGAAGCAGCGCAAAGUGCAUAUUACGAUCCCAACAGGCCCCAAACAGCAUACGUUCCACCUCCGGCGUAUUACGAACCACCACCAAGCUACAGCUCACUCAACAAGAAGGAACAGUAAGGCAGGUACGUGUGCGGUUUGUUUGUUUUCUUCUUUAAUCAUCAUCCCUCCCGGUGGAAUUACAAACCUGGAUCCAUACAACUCCCCGUCACGGAAAGACAACGAGGGCGGGCGGGUGACGGUAAUUGAAGCAAGAGGAGCGAGACGAGUGUGUGCACGGACGACGGGAUACGAGUUGUAUAAUUUGUUUAUGUCAUUGUUUAGAUUUUAUCGCCGUUAGCUCUUGCUGUUGCUGCUGCUGCAAACGAUCGUUAUUGUGCUUCGCCUGUGCUGGUCGAUUGUUUGCCAUUAAGCAUUCCUGUGAACACCACCGGGCACGGGGCACAGUUUAAUCCUUUUCUUGCGCGCGUGUGUGUGUGUUAGUGAGCGUUUGUCCAAAUUUACUGCAUGGUAAACCACUCACACAAACACACACGGGAAAAUGUAAAAUUGUAAUCGAAUAAUAAAUAACCUGUAUCUUAUACUAACGCAA